AUGGGGACAGGGCUCAGUCCCCUGAAUGGGGACGGGGAAACGCGACUCCCUCGGGGCUGCGACCGCCACGAAGGGGGCAGACACAGGCGGGGGACGCUGCCCAGCCGGGCCAAGGCCCUCGUGGCCCCGCAGCCCCCGGGGCCGGGCCGGGGCUCCGGGCGGAGCUGCCGGCGGUGCCGCAUUCCGGAGAAGCCGCCUCCGCCGGCGGCCGGUGCCAGCAGGCGCUGGCAGGUUCGGAGCUUCGCAGCGAUUCCAGGCACAGAUGUCCUUGUUUUAACUCCUCUGCGAUGGAGCCUGGCAGACCGGGCGGGGAGGGGGCGGCUCUGCAGCCCCCGGGGCGCCGGGGAUCGCUGCCAGCCCGGCCCGCCCCGGCCGCGGCUCCGGGCACCGCCGGGACCUCCCGUUCCUCCACGGGGUUCGGCGUCCUGGGCUCCGCACGGCACAAAAACGGGGACGGCCCCCCCCGGCCUGACCCCCACAUCCCUCCGUGUCCCCCGCAUCCCUCCCGACCCCCGGGCAGCCCCCGGAGCGGGGCCGCCUCCGCAGCGCGGCGAGCGCCGGGCGCCGGGAGCCUCCGAGCCCGGCGGGGCGGCGGCUCCCGACCUCCCGCUGCCCUCCCCGGGAGCCGCCGGGCAGCGGGCCGGGCACCGGAGCCUUGUACCGAGCCUGGCACAAGCACCGGGCACCGGAACCUCGUACCGGGGCCGGGCACCGGAGCAUUGCAACGAAACCGUUCACGGGAACCGUGCACCAAAACCUUCCACCGGAGCUUCGCACCGGAGCCGUUCUCCGGAGCUUUACACCGGGAGUGCGGGGCCGCAUUGCGGGGCCGGGCCUUGCCGGUUCCCGCAUUUUCGGCGGGGCACCGGGGAAACAAAAAUCCCGACAAUUGAACGGAAAGCGCAGCCCCGGCACCGGCACCGGCACCCCCGGCACAGCCGGUCCCGGAGCAGAUGUCGGCGGCGCCCCCGCGUCCCCUCCUCCCCUCCUCCCCUCCGCGGGGCCAUCCGGCCCUGGCCCCGGUGCCGCCGGUGGCGGAAGGGCCGCACAUCACCGGCCUCGGCCCCGCGGAGCCUCCGCCCGGCCCCAUCGGUUGUCCCCGGGUCCUGCCGGGCUUUUCCCCCCGAGAAACGAGUCCCGGGAGGACGGUGGGGCCGGAGCCGUCGGAAGAGGAUCCGCGGCUCUGGGGGGAGCGGCGAGCGCCGGGGCCCGACCGGGGGCUCGGGGGCCGCUCGGAUCCGUUCCUCGGCUCAGGCCCGACACCGGCGGCUCCGCCACCGGGCCCAGCACGUCGGGGCCGCGCUGGAUCCCGCCCCAGUUUGCAGCCGCGGCCCGACCCUAAACCGGCCCGGUUUACCCCCAAAAGCCGCGGGGCUGCGGGGCGCGGCCCCGGUGCGGCCCCGGCGCUCGGUGAUCCCGGGGAGAACCAGCCCGCACGGUCGGGAGCGCAGUGCCCGGCGCUGCCCGGUGCCGGCGGCCGUCGGGCGGCGCACCGCGGCCGCGGACAGCUCCGCUCCGGGCACGGGCACCGCGCUGCCAGGGCUGCACCGGGCACCGGGCAGCGCUACCGGCACCGGGUACCGAGAACGGCACCGGACAUCGCGGAUCCCGGGGCUCCCAUGGGCACCGGCUCCUUCAACCGGUGCGGGAGCUUCCGGGGCUCCAACGGGCGCCAGCAACCGGCGCAAACAUCGGCGCUGGCACAGGCGCUGGCACCGGGCACCGAGCCGAGGCUCCAUCGGGAAGCGGCACCGGGAACCGGCACCAGUCCCGGGAGCUGACCGGCUUCCCGGGGCCGCCGCGCGAGAACCGGCCUUGGCCGCCGCCGCCUCGCAGCCUUGCCGAGCCCACCGGCACCGCGGCCCGGUGCCAGCCCCGGGCACCGAGCCCCGAGCUCCCGCUCCCAGGGGAGCGCAGCGGUGUCACCGCCGGUGGACCGAGCCGGGCCCGCCGCACCGGAUCCCGGUGCCUUCAUUGGUGAGGGGGGGACACCGCCUCCCCGGUCCCGGGGGGGACACCCGUGGGGCACAGCCGCGUUAUAUCAGCGCCGCCGCCCCGCGGGCCGCGCAUUCGGGCGGCGGGAACGGCGCCGGCACCGCCGGGGGCGGCACGGGGGGGGCUCGGCCCGGUGCCCCCCGGUGCCCCCGGGGGCGGAAGGAAAGCGGCGAAGGCGGCGGAGUCAACAUUGAAUAUUUAUUAAUCGCCGUCGAAGGACGCUCGGUAAUUACAGCCUCGCCGCGAUCGCACCGGCGGCGGCUCGUCACGGCCGACGAGUCCUGGCGGGGCCGGCACCGGGAGCGGGCGGCGGGAGCGUCCGGCGGGGCAGGGAGGGGAGGGGGCCGGUGCAUGCAGAACGGCCGGGCCCCGGGCCCGCGCCCCGAGCGCCGCCGCCGCCGAGCGGGCUCCGGGCGGCGGGGACGGGGACCGGGAACCGGGACCGGGGAGCGGGAUCGGCGCCCGGCGCGGGGGGGUCUUGCAUAUCGUUGGCCAUAA